UGUUUGCAGGAGGAGGAGUGUAAGGGAUGUUGUGUAAUUAAAUAAUUAAAAAAAAAAUACUUAAGUCUCAUUUGGGGAGAGAGCUGGAACGGGGUCCAGAGGGUGUAACCGGUGAAUUUUUCAACUUCCAAGUUUUGAACAGUCAGAGGAGAAGCCAAGGGGGAGACUGUGCGCGAGCAAAUAGGGAGGGAGAGCGAGGGAGAGAUUUAUCGUUUGAAUUUUCAAGAGAUCAUUUUUAUUAUAGUGGGCGUUUGGAAAGCAGACUCUUAACAUUACCCACAGAGAGCAGGAGGGAGGGCGGAGGGAGCGGAUAGGCAGAGGGAGCAGGAGGCAGCGGCAGCCGCGAGAGGAGCCCGGAGAUUGCGCGCUGCGGAGCUUUUCCACCCUUGGGGGACGCACACGCUCGCUCCGGCUCGCUCCCGCACACAUGGUCGCUGCCGUGUAAAGUUUCGCCUGCCAUCGCUCCGGGAUUUUCCUGCGCUGCUCCGGGCUGUAACCUUGAACUUUCGAGAGCGUGGUGACAGUGCCAUAAUAACCCACCACCAACUUCUUAAUAAUAAUAAUAAUAAUAAUAAAAAAAGCCAAACAAAAAAUCCUCCCGCCCACCCCACCCCCCCCACCCCCCCCGCUCGAGUCCUUCCCCCCUCAUCUGCAAAACAACCACCAGCAGCAGCAGCAGCAGCAAAACCAAGACUCCUGCGCCGCCGACAACAAGAGGGUUAAAAGUGUAGAUUGGAUUUCACCCCGGGAAAUCUAGCACACGGAGUGAACUUGAAUCUUUGGCUAUUUAAGGAGGACCGGGGUUUGUUGUGAAGUUGUGAUCCAGGGCAGAGCCCCGUCCUGAUUGAUUUCAUCUUCCUUGAGUCUCAGAUGACUGUAAAAUGAAUAGAUGAAAUUAUUCCUUUUUUGAGGCUUUUUCUUAGGGGCUCUCCGGGCAGCGUGGUCUCAAAGCGAAGUCAUGAUGUAUUCUCCAAUCUGUCUCACUCAGGAUGAAUUUCACCCGUUCAUUGAGGCACUUCUUCCACAUGUCCGUGCAAUUGCCUACACUUGGUUCAACCUCCAGGCUCGAAAACGCAAGUACUUCAAAAAACAUGAGAAACGAAUGUCAAAGGAUGAGGAAAGAGCAGUCAAGGAUGAGCUACUUAGCGAAAAGCCCGAAAUUAAACAGAAGUGGGCAUCCAGGCUCCUCGCCAAGCUGCGCAAAGAUAUUCGCCAAGAGUUCCGGGAGGAUUUUGUGCUCACAGUGACUGGGAAGAAGCACCCAUGCUGUGUAUUGUCCAAUCCUGACCAGAAGGGUAAGAUUAGGAGAAUCGACUGCCUGAGACAGGCUGACAAAGUCUGGCGUCUGGAUCUAGUCAUGGUGAUCCUGUUCAAAGGCAUCCCCUUGGAAAGUACGGAUGGAGAGCGGCUCAUGAAAUCCCCACAUUGCACAAAUCCAGCACUUUGCGUCCAGCCACACCACAUAACAGUAUCAGUCAAGGAGCUUGAUUUGUUUUUGGCAUACUACGUGCAGGAGCAAGUUUCUGGACAAAUUACCUUAAAUUUGUUAUGCUGUGUUAAAAGACAUGUUUUAUGA